CUGCUAAUUACGAAUAUUAGUAGAUCAAGUCAUCAACGAAAAUGAUCUUUUUCUUAAGAGCACUUAAUAUUGACACUGCCAAACAUCAUAAAGGCAAUUUACAAUUUUCGAUGUAAUAAAAAUUUAACUUUGCCAAUGCAUUCCUGCAUAAUGGAAGGUAUGGCACUUGUGCGAUCCACCCUUCAUUUUUGUGGGUCGCAAGCCGACAUUAGGCCAUAGUUGCACGUGUUAGUUUGUGAAAUACAAAUAAUUGAACAUAAUGCCAUGUUCCCACUUACCAAAUCUUAUUUAUCUAAUAAAGGAAGUAACUUAUGUCAAGUAUUAGACAAUUUCCACCCCAAUUACUCGCCACCCAACAAUAUUUAAAUAGAUGGUUCACGAUACCAACGGAUCGUAAAAAAUUUACCCAUUUAUUGCAGCAAUCAUGACUCGCUUCGCUCAAAUGUUGAAGAAAACGGCACAACACGCACAUCGUUAUCCUAAAGCCUGUCGUUUAUGCAACGGCAGACACCCGAUAAGGCUGUGUCCGGUCUACCGCGCGAAAAAUCCGGAAGAAAGAUUGCGCGAAGCGCUCUUGGGUAAAUUCUGCAGCAAUUGCUUGGCCAUGGAACAUCGCACUGAAAACUGCACAAGUGCGGAGAGAUGUCGCCGAUGCCACGACAAGCAUCACACCACCCUUCACCUGGACCCAGUCGACAGGAGACCCUGGAGUCAACCGGUUGCCGAGGAAGAAGACGAGUUGGAUGUGAUCUCGAUUUAUGCGUUCGAAUCCGGAACGGAAACUCGGUCUUUCCGUCCGGAACCGGAAACUUUAGAAAGGAUCGAACCCGGAGCGGAGACUCGGACUCUCCGCCCGAACAGCGACAGGGGAGCGGAAACCCGGACUUUCCGACCCCCACUCAACCACGAGACUCAAAGGUUGGCUGAAUCGGAAACAAGGUCUUUCCGAUCACGCCGACGAACACGACGAACCCGCGGAGCGGAAACCAGGUCUUUCCGCCCGCCCCAGCAACCACCACAGGCGAACCAACUUCGUCAGCAGAACGGAACGGUGGCAAGUUAUCGCCAGUUAAGAGCGUCAGGCAGCUUCCGAAACGGGCUCACAGACGGAAUAAUGCACAUGCAAGUGUUACGACCCAUGAUUUCUAUCUCACCAACGGCAGUUAUCAAGAUCGAAUCAGGAGGAAGAUUGCAUCUUAUCCGGGCCCUAAUAGACGCAUGUACGCCGUCAACUUUGAUAGCGCGAGACCUUGCGAGAGACCUUGGGUUACAAACCACUCGAGUAGGGAACCAACGGGGCUGCUUUCUGUGCCUUAGAGGGAAGCACGGCGUUAACAAAAAAGUGGCAACCCAUGCGAAAAUAAUAAAUAAUACCCGCCGGAUAUCUACGCCCAAAAGCGUCGACCCGACGAUAGUGUCUACAUAUGUGCACAUCAGACUCGCCGACCCGAAUUUCUUCGAAUCAUCUCCAAUUCGAAUCGUGCUCGGCGCGGACGUGUACGCCGAAAUUAUUAUGCCCGGUAGUCUGCCGACGUCCUUUGGACCCUUGUUGGCCCAAAGUACAAUAUUUGGUUGGGUACUCUCGGGCGCCUACCGCGCCUAAUUAAAAAAAAAAUAUAUAUACAUAACUCUUUUCAAUAACAUCUUUUUUUCUUAAUCUUGCUUAUAAUGAAUUUUUGUAUACGGUUAUUUUAGUUUUUUAUUUCUAAAUAAAAGUGCAUUGAAUUAUGACCACGUCUGUACCUUUAUUUCUCUCUCUCUCAUCUCCCAGCAGUAGGAAGAAGAACGGACAUUAACGCACUGGUCACCGGAGAUAUUUUGUUUUGCAGUUUUGAGAAAACAAUAAAAAUGACUGAAAUUGUAAACAGACUCAGG